ACUCUGGUAAUAAUAAUAAUAAUAAACCCUACUCGCUGAAUGGGGAUGGAGUCUACGGCAUUGAAACCAGGAUUUAUUAACGUGCAAAUUGCUCUGAUAUGAUCACAUACUUUCUGCUUUGCAUGCACAGGGAGCAGCGUGGGCUGAUGGAGUAUGGACUAGCCUGGGCGAUCUUUACGAGCUGAAAUCCUGCACAUCACAGAAGGGUUUGUUUCUCUGCGCAAAACCUGGGGAGCUGUUAGAAACCUGCCUUAGGAAACAAGUGAACCACAUCCCCAGACCCAAACGCACCCGACUUCUCCAUGAGCUCGCCAUGAAUGCAUUUUUCAUUUUUUUUGACAGAAACGUGCACGUAACUUUUCUCUGGAGGAGCUGAGGAUUUUUGUAGUUGGUCUUGUAGUAUUUUAAAGCUGAGAAACCAGUAGAGUCUUUUCAGCAGUGAUGAGUGAGUGACAAGUCAGAGUUCCUGUGCACGCUCGCGGACAUCACACGCGGCUAACGCUCGCAGCCGGAGCCCCCAGAUGGGACUAGACCCACACUCCUGCGCUCCUUAUGGGGUUGAUGGCAGAAUCAUGUUACCUGCUACCUAAGCUUUCUGUGGCUGAUGUUACAGUUUGCGGCUAUGGUCCUGCACCAGGCUUCAUGCACAGACACUCAGUCCUGAUCCAGUCCAAGACUUAUUAGCAGAAGCACAGAGAUCCCCAGCUGUGGACCGGACCCCCCGACCACCCUGCAACGUAGGGGCUGCAGCGCUGGAGAGUUACUAUGCGGCUUGGACUCCUUGUGGCGGUGGUUUUUCUAAGCUCCAUGGAUCUAACAGGCAGCAGCAAAGUGGUGAAGGGCAAGAGGCAAAGACGAAUUAGCACCGAGCUCAGUCAGGGCUGCGCGAGAGGCUGUGACCUGUGCUCCGAGUUCAACGGGUGCCUGAGAUGUUCCCCCAAGCUCUUCAUCCUUCUGGAGAGGAAUGACAUCCGACAGAUUGGGAUUUGCCUACCAUCUUGUCCACUGGGAUACUUUGGCCUUCGCAAUACAGACAUGAACAAGUGCAUCAAAUGCAAAAUUGAGAACUGUGAGUCCUGUUUCAGUCGAAACUUUUGCACAAAAUGUAAGGAAGGUUUGUAUUUGCACAAGGGGAGAUGUUACGUCACAUGCCCCGAAGGCUACUCUGCUGCCAACGGCACCAUGGAGUGCAGCAGUCCUGCACAAUGUGAAAUGAGUGAGUGGGGUCCCUGGGGCCCCUGCUCCAAGAAGAGGAAGCUGUGUGGCUUCAAGAAGGGCAAUGAAGAUCGGACGCGAAGGAUUCUGCAGGCUCCCUCUGGGGACGUGUCCCUGUGUCCUGCCACCACGGAGGUGCGCAGAUGCACCGUCCAGAAGAACCAGUGCCCCGAAGGGAAAAGAAAGAAAAAAGAAGAGCAAGGAAAGCAAGAUAACAUGAAUGGAAACAGAAAUCGGAAAGACACCAAAGAUGCCAAGUCUGGCACCAAGAAGAGGAAGAGCAAACAGAGAGGGGCUGUGGUCCCCGUGACGUCUGCCAGCCCUACCCAAUAGCUGCCCCUUUACGUCACCUGAUGGCAAGACUUCAUUGCUGCUAUGUAUAUGAAAGCUUUAUUGAACCAGAGCACUGCUACACAACACGUACACACGUUCAGAAGGACAGACAUAUACUCCUAGACUCACUCACAGACCCGACAGAAACCACGUGCACAAGUACUUACGGAGGCUGCACACCCACAACCCAGGACUGCAAAAGGCACGCUUCUGCAAAGAGGGGCGCGAGCGGGCGCGAAAGGAAGCCUGAGUCCCACGAGCGCCGCAGCGGGCAGCCGGGGGGGAGAGGUGCGGUACGAAUCAGAGCGAAGAACAAAGAUGUGAGUAUUCGUGACAAAAUGCCUCAGCUCAAAAUCAGCUGUGUAACCCCAGUAUAACACAGCUCCAGCCAGAUGGACAAG